AUGGAAAUGGUGUCUCUGGGGCCCAAAAAGGAUGGAAAUCCUAACGCCGAGUUCUUCACCGCACCGGAAACACUGCAGGGGUUCGAAACGGUUCGCAUGUGGUUGCAGAAACACUUUAAGAAGUUUCUCGCGCCCGAUCCCCCGACAAAGGAAUCUCUAGCCCAUUUAAUCAUUCAAUUCAUCCAAUACCAGGAAGGCAAACUUGGCAAAAAUUCGCAGGACCCCCCGACCACACGUUUACCGAUACGAUGCUUCAUGGAUUUCAAACCGGGCGGUGCCCUCUGCCACAUCCUGUCCACUAUGUACCGGUACAAGGCAGAGCAGCGCUGGCGAAAAUUUGACUUCACCGUGAACAAAAACCCGAUGCGCAAGGAUCCAAUUGGACAGAUGGUGCUGGACAUCGAGACGGCACUGAUCGAGGCGGAAUGUAUGCGGCUGCCGAUUGUGUACAUCCGCCCGGAGGUGGAUCGCGCUACGGCAAACAAAAUCACCGACAUCGUCACGAACCAUCAGGGUGAAAUCACGGCCGACGAGGAGGAAGCAACGCACAUCAUCUAUCCGGUAAUUGAUCCGCUGCCGGAGGAUUACGCGCGACCCACGUUUCGACGCGAUAAGCAUGUUAUGAUCCACUGGUACUACUUCCCGGAAUCGUACGAUACCUGGGUGCCGAACACGUUCGAUCUUCCCGACAACGUGCCGGAAAGUCCACCGUCGCCGGCUGAGCGCUGGCGCGUGUCCGCCUCGUGGGUGAUCGAUCUCGACGAGUACAACGAGUGGAUGUCGGAGGAGGAUUACGAAGUGGACGAGAACGGUCGAAAGAAGGUUCACCCGCACCGGUUGGGUGUAGAAGAUCUGAUGUCCAGCGGAGCGGGUGGUGGCGGGGCCGAAGAUAAGGUGAAGAAAACACCCAAAGUGGUCAACUCGAAGCGUAAAAGGUCGCCUUCACCGGCGGCCGGAAAGGGUGGAAAACGCAAGAGUUACCGCUCGCCGGCGGCCUCAGCAGCGGCCGCGUCUUUCCAGAAGAAGCCUCGCGCGGACGACGAGGAAUCAGAGGAUCUGACCAAGGACAUGGACGAUCCGGCGCCUGAAACUAACAUCACCGAGGUGAAAGCAAGUUCGAGCAACUCUGCGUCAGGACCGGCGACGCCGCAACCUAAGCGCCCCGAUCCGGACAUGAUGCCGAUGAAGUACGCCUCCGUCACGGAUCUCGACGAUGAUAUGGAGCGUGGCGCAAGUGCGGGCGGCAUGGGUGGUUCUGGCGGGGGUAGUGGUAGCGGCGGUGCCGGCACGGGUGCUGGUGGAGACGACAGUCAGGCGGGCAAGACGAGCGAUAGUAGCAAUACGCAGGACUUCCCGGCCGGCGGCAAGGACGAUCUUGAGGACAAUGUUACGGAGCAGACGCACCACAUAAUUGUGCCGUCCUAUUCGGCCUGGUUCGACUACAACUCGAUCCAUGUGGUGGAGAAGCGCGCGUUGCCCGAGUUCUUUAACGGCAAGAACAAAUCGAAGACACCGGAAAUCUAUAUGGCGUAUCGUAAUUUCAUGAUUGACACGUACCGGCUUAACCCGACCGAAUAUUUGACCAGUACGGCCUGCCGUCGCAAUCUGGCCGGUGACGUGUGUGCGAUAAUGCGCGUCCACGCGUUCCUUGAGCAGUGGGGUCUGAUCAACUACCAGAUCGACGCCGACUCUCGGCCCACUCCGAUGGGUCCGCCACCGACGUCGCACUUCCACGUGCUGAGCGACACGCCGUCCGGCUUGCAGCCUAUCAACCCACCCAAAACGGCACAACCGUCGGCAGCUAAGAACUUGCUCGAUCUCGAUAAGAAGGCGAUCGGGCUGGGUGAAAAGAAGGACGAGUUGGCAACCGGACCAGCGGCACUAACUGGCGCAAACGGUGCUCCCCUAAUCGGUCCCGAUGGUAUCAAGGUGGAGCAGGGCAACGUUCCGACGGCAGACCCGAACGGCCAGUUCGGUCUACGAUUGGACCAGUACGCGAAGAAACCGGCGGCGAUGCGCAACAAAACGGCCGCCAGCAUGACGCGCGAGUGGACCGAACAGGAAACGCUGCUCCUACUCGAGGGUCUCGAGAUGUACAAGGACGACUGGAACAAGGUGUGCGAACACGUCGGUUCACGCACGCAGGACGAGUGCAUUCUGCAUUUCCUGCGGUUACCGAUCGAGGACCCAUACCUGGAGGAUGACAACACUUUCCUGGGCCCGCUUUCGUACCAACCGAUUCCCUUCAGCAAGGCAGGCAACCCGAUCAUGUCGACGGUGGCCUUCCUAGCCUCGGUUGUCGAUCCGCGAAUAGCGGCCAGUGCCGCCAAAGCUGCCAUGGAGGAGUUUGCCGCGAUCAAGGACGAAGUACCGGCCUCAAUGAUGGAUGCUCACCUGAAGAACGUCGAAAAGUCCAGCUUCGGUGGAAAGUUCGAUCCCAACGCCGGGCUGGCGAACAGUGGCAUCGCAGGCACGGGUCCAGACAAAGAAAAGGAAGAAGAAUCGGAGAACAAAGCGUCUCCUGCGGUUGCGGCCGUUGGUGCUGGUGCUACCGCAUCUACACCGCCCGCUGGUGCAGCGACUCCGGCCACCCCUGCCAGUACCACAGACGUGGAGAUGAAGGACGUUUCGAAGAAGGAAGUAGACGCCACCGAUAAAGACAAACCGUCCGAAGAACCCUCUAAAGCGCCUGAUUCCGAUGCUACAGCGACAACCGAUGGUGCUGCAGCGACGGGUGUCAAACCAACGGGCCCGGAAGGCGGGUCUUCGACCGGAACCACGGCCGCCACGUCGGCCCCGGAGUCGAAAGAAAAGGACGGCAAGGAUGCGACGGCAACUGGUGGGCCUGGUUCGGCAUCCGCUGGCACCGCGGAGACGGGAUCGGGUGUCGUGGCCACGGUAACCGCGGCAAAGGAGAACGGUUCCACCGAUCCGAAGCUGUUCAACGAGGGUAACCUGCAGGCGGCCGCAGCUGCCGCUUUGGCUGCUGCCGCUGUGAAGGCGAAACACCUAGCCGCCGUCGAGGAACGCAAAAUCAAGAGUCUCGUGGCGCUGCUUGUUGAGACGCAGAUGAAAAAGCUAGAAAUUAAGCUGCGCCACUUCGAGGAGCUCGAAACAACGAUGGAGCGAGAACGAGAAGGGCUCGAAUAUCAGCGCCAGCAGCUAAUCCAGGAGCGUCAGCAGUUUCAUCUGGAGCAGCUUAAAGCGGCCGAGUUCCGGGCUCGUCAGCAAGCCCACCAGCGUUUUCAGAUAGAGCAGGGUCAGUGGCAACAGCAGCAGGCACAAGCACAGGCCCAAGCUCAAGCCCAGGCACAGGCACAAGCACAGCAACAGCAACAGCAGCAGCAACAACAACAGCAGCAACAGCAACAACAUCACCAACCGCAACAACAUGGUCCAACGGGACAACUACCUUCGGUUUCCGCGGCCACAGCAGCAGCAACAGGAGCACAAUCGAACGUCGUUCAUCCACCUCAACAGCAGCAGCUCGGUCCAGUGCCAGCCGGCACAACGAUGCCGGGACAGCAUCACCAUCUAGCGACGGCCAUGUCCGCCCACCCGGGAACUAAUCCUCAAAAGCCGCUAUCGACGCCAUCUACCGCUGGUGGCCCGGGAGUGGCCACAAUCAACACCUCCACCAGCUCAGUGCCGGUGCCGACGGUCGCUACACAACCGGGAGUUCCACCGACCACCGCAACAUCCUUACCAUCGGGCAACCAGGUCCAGCAGCCCACGGUUGCCCCCCUGCCGUCAGCCAACGGUAUCCCCCCUACUACCUCCAUCCCCAUCUCUACCCAGCCGCCCUCUUCGAAUCCUACCGACGGCAUUACGCCAAAUAAUAUCCCGCCAGUGGUCCCCGCGCCCUCUCCGGUGGUGAUCACCCACGGCAGCAGCGGCAUGCCAUCGGGAGACCACCAACCGGUGCCGGUGGUGCCACCCUCGGCACCAGUAGUCCCGCUAACCGGUGUUCCCGGUGGUCCACCUCAAAUGACCACGUCGGUGGAACAGGCAGCCGUCGAACCGGCGGUUCCGGUGCAAACCGCACCGGGAGAAACGUUACCAUCGGUGGCCGUGGCGGCGCCCGUCCCGGGGCAAAUGACAAAUCCUUCACCAGCGGCAGAGUGUGUCCCGGAGCAGGGCUCUAUGCCCGUGACCGAUCCAGCGGUGGCGACGACACCCAGCGAACCCAGUGGCGAGCAUCAUCCGGAUCAGGCCGGACCAACAGUGCCCGGCGAGGGUCCAACGAACCCGCCACCCGCAGCCGUUCCCCCAACGGUGGGUCCGGCUGGAGCUCCUCCAUCAUAA